AUUACGCAAUGAACAGAACGCAUAAACCCCAUAUCAGCCAUACAGCUUACAAAGUAUGAUUGAGAAUUUUAUAGAGCUCUUUGUUUAUCGCUUCCAUACUUAAAUCAAGUCUCGAGACGAGAUUUCGCUGCUAACAAGCGACUGUUGAAAAUAUUUGCUAUUAUGCGGCGAACUGAAACGAAUCAAUACCAUUAAAAUUCAUACUUUGAAGAUGACUAUGUUUGCGUAUAUCUUAUUCAUACUGCCUGAAGCGUCCUCGUAUCGUUACUUGCCAGCGCUGGGACUUAUUCCAUAUUCCUCUACCUCAGAACGUGAUCUGCUCGCAAAUAUAACAGAAAUACCGCAUCACGUUUUAAUAGUUUAUAGUACAUGGUAUUGUUCUGGAAGUUUGACAGGCAGCAGGAUUGUUGUUACGGCGGCUAGCUGCUUCGCAAGAUACAAAGGCGAGACGAUUACUGUGAAAGUAGGCGCUGAAUCGAUAACAGCUAAUGGACAAGUUAUAACAGUUAUCGAAAUGAAAACGCACGAAUAUUUUAGACACUUGAACAAAAUUGAUAAUGACAUUGCAAUGUUAGUUUUAAAGGAUCAUGUCAAUUUUGAAGACGGUGGUGGUGUACAGAAAGCCAUGCCGAUAGAAGCAGAUGUCGCAUUUCAUAUUAAUACUCCUCUGAACGUUUAUGGAUGGGGAGGCCCAGAGAAAGCAGUAAAGUACCAAAAUAUGCCGCUCUGUUCCGUGAUGGCAGUCAUGGAGAAAUUGGAAUGUCAGAAACAGUACGGACAUCUGAUAACGCCAUCAAACUUUUGUGUGAGAUAUAAUCCACAACGGAACCUGAGUGACAACGGUGGAGGUGCGAUUUUCAAUAAAUCCCUCGUCGGUAUCCUCUCUGCCGGUGGAACAAGUAGCAAGGGACCAUAUUUCGCUAUCCUUACAAAUAUUUCAUACUUUAAUAAGUGGAUUAAACUAAACACGAAGAAUUUUUUGAACAAGUACUGUUCCAUGCAUAAUUCCGGUGACUAUUAUCAUAUAGACUCUGUAGAAUUCCCAGAAGCUUGA